CUACACAGGUAGAACCUUUAUUCCUUUGCAGUUCAACUCAACAGGGUCCAGGAUGGGUCAGCAGCGAGAGAGGGUCAAAUUCGUGGCUUCCAAAUGGCCACUAAUUGUGGGGGUAACCGUAGCUGUGAUAGUUCUGCUCUACAUAUUCCCUAUCUUAAUCCCAGCACUGCUUGCCGGUGGGGUCGUAGCCGCUUUUCUCUACAAAAACAAGCCAUGCGACCCUGAAGAUGUGCGCAAGUUUUUCGAAGGCUUCCGCAUCGGCGGACAUCGCGGUGCUCCCACAUCAUUUCCCGAGAAUGGCAUGGCCGGAUUCAAUCAGGCAAAAAUAGAUGGGGCUGAUUUGAUCGAAUUCGAUGUGGCGCUGACGAAAGACGGUGAAGCCGUGCUCCUACACGACGACGACCUGGAUCGAACCACAAACCUCACCGGUCCGAUACGUGAUAAGACUCUGGCUCAGCUUGCCCGUGCUAAUAUUAGUGCACACUUCACCAGAUCAACAAAAGGAAACCUGCCACCGGUAAAGGAGGAGGGUAUUCCGAAGCUGGAGACGGUUGUAAAAUGGGCAGUGGAGAACAAAAUGAGGAUGCUGUUCGAUGUAAAGGACUCAGAUCCAGAGCUGGUGAAGAUUAUCGAUGAACUGUUUGAGAAGUAUAAGCUUUACGAUAAAGCUAUCGUGUGCAGCUUCUUCCCAUGGGUUGUCUACCUUGUCAAACAAGGAAACCAAAAAAUUCUCAGCGGACUCACCUGGCGACGUAGGUUCUUCUCCUACAAGGAUAUCGAGAAUACAAUACCGCGCUAUAGUGGACCGAAGCAUUAUCUUUUUGUUCUGAUCGACAAGGUUCACGUAUACUUAUUGCAAACGCUCAUUCCAUGGUUUCUGGGAGCAGAUUUGCUGUUGACAAAUCACCUGGAUAUCUCCAAGACAUUUGUUAGAGAUCAGCACAGCCGCGGACUGCAUGUCGCAGUUUGGACUGUCAAUGACAUUGCAGAAAUGCACUGGAUGGUGGAUGAACUGCAGAUUCCUAUUCUUACCGAUCACUCAUCCUAUGUCAAGAUCAUGGACCAUUUGAAGAAGAUUAGGGAAAAAGACUAUAACGAGCAAGCCUUGCAAGCUGCCGUAUCUAGUGUGGUUGUACCUUGACCUCAUAUCACUUCUUGUAGACUUCCUUUGUAGCCUUAACAAUCCGCACUGCUCACGUCUAUCUACGGUUAUUUUAGACACCUUAAAACACAUCAUAGUGGUUGCCUUCCUCACUUUCCUAAAAAAAACUUUUCAACUAUUCUCAGCAGCUGUAGUUCACUUAUAAGGGCAUUUCUACUUUAGAGGGUCUAACUUUUCGCUUAGAUCGAUAAAAUCACUGGGUUAGAUUGUGAUCUAUCUUCCAAAGAGCAAUUUGUAGCCUGUAGUGCCAAAGAGCUGGUUUUUCGCAAAAGAAUAUUCCAUUAUCAAAGGC